CUUUGUAUUGAGCACACACUGACCAGAUCACAACUCCUGCAACAACGAAGGACCGAACAGGAAUGACGUCAAAGGGGCCGCUUGGAUGGCGAAAACUAUUUCUGAUACUCACAGCGCUGCCCUGCUGCAGGAGCUUACAGGUUUCUAUUCCAGUAAGAGAAUAUGAGGUUGCACGCGGGAGCGAUACUACCUUGACCUGUUCCUUCAUCCCUGCCCGACCAGACUUCCCCACACUCAUCCUCAAAUGGGAAGCCUUCCCUGACAAUAAUGUUGAUCCAGCGAUAUCCGUGGCCAACUACUUUCUAAACAAUCCAGCUGACAUUGCGCCUGGUUAUGAAGGCAGAGCCUUUCUCGAGGUUGACCUUAACAAGCAUGUGAGCACACUUCGCUUAACAAAGGUGACCAUGCAGGACAACCGUCGUUUCCAGUGCAGUGUCACAAUCCCCAAUGAUGAUGAGGGAAUAACAGCUGCCACCACUUCCCUUUUGGUCCUGGUGCCUCCUUCUAUACCGAUCUGCAGUAUUCAGGGAAAAGCAGAGUACUGGCACGACAUCAUCCUCACCUGCAUGUCUGAGGAGGGAUCCCCAGAACCCACCUAUGAGUGGAGGAGCUACAGUGUUCAAAAUAUUCCCAGAGAAUUUCCACCUAAGACAACUCAAGACAAGGGAGUUCUGUCUCUCUUCAAUAUUUCAAGAGAGAUGUCUGGGUUCUACAUUUGCACAUCAACAAAUCGAAUCAGUUCUGCCAGCUGCAACUUUACUUUAGCUGUGAUGCCUGGUAGCAUGAAUGAGGGAUCCAUUCCAGCUAUAAUUGGAGGAGUCCUCGCAGGUCUCCUGUGCCUGGGGAUUCUCAUCUUCUGUUGCUGCCGGAAAAAGGGCAAAAAGGACAAGUAUGCUGAGGGUGUCCCCGCAGAAUUGGACAGAUAUAACAGAGAUACUCUUGAAGAUGGAGAGCAGUACUUGGAUGACAAGUCAAGCAGCAAGACAACGCAGCACAAGCAGUAUGAAGACAAAGACGUUGUUCCUCAAAACAGUUACAGUGUAGGAACAGGUGGACACAAGUUUGAGGAGGAUCAACACAGCCAUAGUAGUGGUAAAGAAAGGAAUGAAGGCAAGGGUAGUGAAAUUGGCUCUCAAGAUCACGGGGACGACCAGCAUGAUCACUAUCGAGGGAGUCGUGAUCGCCUUGAGUAUCAGCCCGAUCGUUAUGGUGGCAGUCGUGAUCGCCUAGAUGAUAAACGUAACUAUUACAGUGGAAGUCGUGAGAGGCUCGAUGACCAACGCGAUCAUUUCCGUGGCAGUCGAGAUCGCCUCGACGAUCGCCUCGACGAUCGACGCGAACGCUGCGGUGGCAGUCGGGAUCGCCUCGACGAUCGACGCGAACGCUACGGUGGCAGUCGGGAUCGCCUCGACGAUCACCGCGAUCGUUACGGUGGCAAUCGAGAUCGCUUCGACGAUCAACGCGACCGCUACGGUGGCAGUCGCAAUCGCCUCGACGAACACCGCAAUAGUUACGGUGGCAGCCCUGAUUGCCUCGACUACAAUGAUGAUUAAUACAGAAACCGAUAUGAAUAACAUUGUGUUACUGAAUGCUUUUUAAAAAAAAAAAAAAUUCUUUUUUCUUUUUCGAUGCACUUAAAAAUAUUUUAGUGAGUUUGUGGAUUGAGGUAGUGCCUGAUCACAUCAUGAAGAGAAACAGCAAAAUUAAUUUGCACAUUCUCUCAAAUUUAAUAAAUUCUCAUGUAAAAGCCGGUAUUAAAAUAAUACCCGGGGUUGUUGCCAGCACAAACUACUACUCAGCAUAACUCAACACUUUCUGAUGUUUUUUGACAUUAAAGGCCUUCCGAUAAAGGGAAGGCUGCAGGACCAAUAUCAUUCAUGGUAGCUUAACCUGAUUGGGGAAAAAAGGUAAAAUAGAACACCUGAAAUACUGAAUUUAUCAAGACAACAAGUAAACACGGUCUAAGUUUUUAGUUUGCAUAAACCAAAUCAACUUGGAAACUUCUGACCCUGCACACCAGUCACAGUACGCUAACAUUUAAUUCAUUUAGUGUGACCUGAUGAAACGACAUUAUACCAAAUAUUAGUAGACAAAAAUGAUCAUAUAAUGUAUUGGUGUCCUGUUAUAGGAGGAUAAUAGAUAAUAGAUUACCAUGACACAAUGCAGAGGGGUAUUCCUCCUUUAUUCAGGGACGUCACAGAGGGUCUCUAUAGUUGACUGGGAGCAUAAAUCAAACUGGGUUGAAACCAGAAUCUGUUGGCCUUCUGAUAACCUGACCUGAAUAUGCAUCAGACUCGCUUUUAUCACUCGUUGAUUAACUUUCCUCGAAGGAAGUCAAGUUGCUGUCAACAUAUGUAUUACAUUUGUAAUUGAAAUAAAUAAAGCAAAACGUAUCUAAUGUUAAGCACUGAAAAUAUCAUUUUAAAAUCAUUUUUAGCAUGAAUAUUGUUUGCUUGUAUUUUCAAGAAAACUUGCCCGAUUCUCAGUAAAUGUAAGUUGGUCACAGAACACCACAAAACCACUAAUACAUUCAUAUCCUGCACAUGUAGGCCACCUGUCUACUGCAGUUAUUUGGGCGUUGUUGUUAAAACAUUGUUUCAGGCUAUUCUGAAUAUUCUUGUCACUCCACCAUGUGAACUGUGUACAUUAUCUUGGAUUUUAAGCAUCUGUUAAACUCUUACUUUGUGAUUAAAAGUAACGAAGUGCCUGUAUUUCAAAUUUAAUUUUAACAUGUGUGGUAAACGUCUUUGUAUAGCCAAGCUCAUGACAUUUUUGCUUUUGCGUGUCUUUGAUUCAGGGGGCAAAGUAAGUGCCAGUUCAUACUGAACUGACUUUUACUCGAAAGAUUUUGGCAUUUUUUUUUGCCCCCCAUGUUUUUUGUGUGAUAAAUGAUUCCCCUUGAAUGUAAGAACUGCAUUUUUUUUUUCAUAUGAAGAAAAUUCAAAUCGAGUU